CUGGACGAAGAACUCCACUUCUCCGCGAACCGAUCAACCGAGGCUUGCGUCGGCAAUUCAACGCGACUUGGAACCGCCUCCAUAUUAACGGAAUAUCUUGACAACUUUCUGACCUAGAUACUUUGCGCAACAACAGCAACAUUUACAAUCCUCAUUCUUUUGUCACAUAUCCCCAAAAGGACAUCAGACACAAAUGGCCGACCCUGACAAGAAAGAGGACGUUCCCGUCCCUGCCUGGCAGCAACAGCAAUCCAAUGAUGGCUCCACUCUAGACCAUGCUCGCCUCUUCCUCCAAGACGAGGAGGUCCGUCAGGCCAGCCGCGAGAAGAAGAUAUCAUUUUUGCGCAGCAAGGGGGUUUCGGGCGCCGAUAUUGAAAUACUGCUCGGGGAGGAUGAGAGCAGCAGUAUUACCAGCGACAGCAAUCAGACCACAGCAGCCGCGCCUCACUCGGCACAAGAGAAACCCACCGCAUCUCAACCACAAUUGCCACCGCAACCACAAAUGCAGCAGCAGCAACAACCCCAACAACAAACACAACCAGCCCAAAAGCCCGACCAGCCGCCGAUAGUAACCUACCCCGAGUUCCUCACCAAACCCCCCCGGCCACCCCCUCUCAUAACCGCCACCACCUUCCUCAACACGGCCUCUGCCUUUGCCGGCCUGGCUACCCUCAUAAUCGGCACGUCCAAGUAUGUUCUUUCCCCGAUGGUCGAGUCCCUGACCGACGCCCGGAUCGACCUGCACCGCUCCGCCUCGGACGGCCUGAGCCGCACCAUUGAGAAGCUUGAGGGCAUCGUGUCCGAAGUCCCACCCCUGCCGUCCGCCAGCACGCAGGACAAGACCGGCGGCGCGGCAAGGAAGCAAGACGACAACGACGCAGCUAGCAGUGACGGCGGCGACCCGACGGAGCUCUUCCACCGCGACGUAGGAGUGCAGACCUCUCCGCCGCAGACGCCCUUCGCCGCCACCGCCAGUACACAAAAGCCCUCGGCCAUCGAGUCGCAGGCGACGCGGCUCGCCAAGCUGACGGCGUCGGUGCGCGAGAUGUCGGUCUCGUACGCCACGACGGCCGAGACGCACGAGUCGACCAGCGUCGUUCUCGGCCACCUGUCCGCCGACGUCGACAAGCUCAGGACGCCCGUGGCCACGAGGCCCGCGGGGACCGUCUACUACCGCGCCUUUGCCGAGCCCGACGACCAGGUCAAGGCUGUCAAGCAGAGCAUCAGGAGCGUCAAGGGCGUCCUGCUCAGCGCCAGGAGCUUCCCGCCUCCGCAGGGGUCCACGUUGCGAUGAUCCAAUGGAGUGGCGGUUCUUGUCACGUGUUGAUUUUUUUUUUUGUAUAUCCUGCCUACUUUUAAAUCCCCCCCCCAUCUGUAUAUUGUAUAUAUGUAAUACGUUGGUAUAGAUCGAAAUCCCGGAUGUCGACAGUCAUUUGACAUCCCUUCUGGUCAUGACGAUCAAAUCAUAAUGAAUGGACGAAAUACAGCAUUCCUUGGCAUCGAAGGCG